AUGAGCUUGGAUAUGGACCAUGACAGCUUAGGAGAUCUGAGCCUUUCUCCAGUAAGCCACUGGGACAGCACAGGAUGCAUGGUCAGGUACCAAACUAAUGACAGGACUUUCAAGGAGCUUGUUGGUUUCUGGAUCAACAACCUGUCCAUGCGAGUCCCAAACUCAGUGGUGCUUCCUGUGGGAACCCAUGUGGACUGCUGCCAGGAGGAGGAGGUAGAGAAGAAGAGGCACGACAUCAUGGCCAAGAUCAGAGCCAUGCUGGCAGAGAGAAAAAGCAACCUUGCUCACUUCAUCAACAACCUGGAGGGCAGCAAGGAGCCCGAGUUUUACGUGGACCAGUGGGAGAAGCUGAAGGAGAUGGAGAGCUGCACAUUAACCAUCUUAAACUUAGUUGCUGUCAACUGCAUGGAUCACCAUGAUAUAAAAAAACUUGAGGCCACUAUUCUGAAGCAUGUGAAGAAUGAGGAGCUCUUCCCUGAGGUAGUCCGAGUGCUGCCGCCUGUCUAUAGGCAGGGGGAAGCUGCCAUCGUAGAUAUUGCACAGAGUGAGGAGAUGGCAGACCAUGGCAUGAUGGACCUCCAGUACCUGCUCAGCAAACUCUCCCAGUGCAAGCACCUGGCCAACCUGGGCAGAGAGCUUCUCCAGGACAUCUUGCGGUACCUCCACCGCAUCGGGCUUGUUGUGUGGUACGAGGAAAUCAAGCACCUGGAAAGCACUGUUUUUCUCCAGCCUACCUUCCUAAUAACUAUGUUCAAGCUCCUUGUGAGGUACCGCCUAGUACAGCAGCUUGAGAGCAUCUCUGUAGACACGCUGAUUGGGGAACACGCCACCAUCAGAGACAGAUCCAACUGGGUGUGGACCUUCAAGUCAAAGGCGAUGCUGUGCCACCAGGCCGUGCGUGCCUUGGUGAAGCACCAGCUCUGUUCAGAAGGGAUGCAGGAUGUCUUUGAGGAAAUCAUGGGACAUAGGCUGCACAGAGGGAGAGGGAAGCUCUUCAGCCUCCUGGAGCACUUCGAGCUCUGCCUGGAGGUGAGGCACGCCAAAGCGCUCAACCCACAGGCCAGCGAGUUUGUGCCCGGGAAGCCAUGGGAGACAACACGGGGCCAAGGCGAGUCCUGGUACUUGUUCCCAACCUAUCUGAACCAGACGGAAGAGGUCUCUGAGGUGUGGGGAGGAGAUCACCCUGAGGACCUCCACAUCCGUGCCUACUUCUCACCCGAAAUACCUGAGGGUUUCUUCCAGAGGUUCCUAGUGAAAGCUUGCUCCUUCUAUUCCACACACUGGGUGGCCAAGGCGACCUGCCUGCUCAUAUGCAAUGGCAAACCUCUGCUGAUCAAAGAGAAUAACCAGAGGGCCUACAGCUACCUGGAGCUCCGGUGCAGAAAGCCAGCAGGAAGGACAG